GGGUGGUGGCGACAGCGCCCACGGUUGACCAUUUGAAUAAAAAACAUGAAGGUGGAGAGUUUGUCGUACGCACACGGCGCAUGGUAGAUGUUGUCAACCUUGACCUUGUUCGUGUGAUUCAGAAGCAUAAAUCUCUUAUUCUAGUUGGUGGACAAUCUAGGCAUCGUGUUUCUGACUCCGAUCUCUCCGACCUCGUCCCUGAGUUGUUCAAGUCAAACAAACUGACAUAUAAAUAUUCAAACUUAAUAGAAGAAGUAAGCGAAGAGAGAAAUCACCGAGGUGUUUCCCAUGGCUUACCUACACAUAGGUGUGGGUACACUUCUCACAUGACGGGUUUCGCUUUCCCCUCACCUACCUAAUGAAUUACUUCCACAAAGCCUCUUCUUCUUCUUCUUCUUCUUCUUCUUCGCCUUCCGAUGUCAAUGCCAGUAAUUUGGAUAAGAAUCGGGGGAGAAUACAGUCGUUUACCCAGAGGCGGCUCACGCGGCAGAAGAAGCUCCGGCACGUGGGCGAGCAAGAAAUCGGGUUGCAGGGUUCGCCCCAUUCGAGUCGGAAGUCGCGGUCUCCGGGGGAAUCGGAGCACUGGUCGAUCUCGGCGGUGCCGCAACCGUUGCCGCUUCCCGAAUUGCCGUCGGGUCGGAGACCCGAGUCAACGGCGUUGAAUUCCGGGCAGGCUCAUCUCGGGUCGCCUCAAGAACUAGGAAGGAAGAGCAUAGAUAAUGUUGCCACAAUUUCAAUGAAACCUACAAGUGACCAUCAUAGCAGAUUCUCCCUGGAUGCACCUACUGAAUUUGCUCGUUACAACUUGAAGCUGAAUAUUCCUGCCAGGAGAAGUCUGACAUGUGGUUUUUCAAGUCCUGUUAGCCCACAAAGACCAAACACUAGGGAAUUUUUGCCUUCUUCUGUUACCACAAGUUCAGCCAAGUCUCCAGACAAUUUUUUUAGGGGAUUCUCUCAAGAUCUAAAUGUUGAACGUGGUAAUUGCAACUUGAGGCUUAAAGCUCCUGCCAGGAGCGCUCCGACUAGUGUUUUUUCAAGUCCUGCUGCGAGCCCACGAAGAUUGAACUCUGGAGAUCUCUUUCCUUCUUCUGUGGCUUUUCAAGAAUUUCAGGAUAGCCUUGUAGGUUUUGAUUCAAAAGUGUCACCAGCAAAAACCAUGCAUAGUCCUGACCAGUCUCCUCUACGUAGCCCAACAGUCCAAAGUCCCCGGCUCACCCCCAAAAGUCCAAAAAGAACUGUAUUUCAGUCACAACAUCAAUGUUUCAUGGAGAGGCCUGAGAUCAGUGCCUACCCUUUGCCUCUUCCCCCAGGAGUAAUAUUACCAUCACAAUCAUCUACACAAUCACAAUCAACUCCCACACAUCAUGUUAUGGAACAACCACGCUCAUCAUCUUUUAAAGGUCAAUGGAUAAAAGGAAAACGCAUUGGGCGUGGUACAUUUGGAACUGUAUACCUUGCCACCAAUCGAGAGACUGGAGCUUUAUGCGCAAUGAAGGAAGUUGAUCUCAUUCCUGAUGAUCCUAAAGCUGCUGAAUGUGUAAAGCAAUUGGAGCAGGAAAUAAAAGUUCUCCGGCAACUGAACCACCCAAACAUUGUGCAGUAUUAUGGCAGUGAGAUAGUUGAUGAUCAUUUUUACAUAUAUUUGGAGUAUGUUCAUCCUGGAUCAAUUGAUAGAUAUGUACAUGAACAUUUUGGAGCCAUUAACGAGUCUAUAGUUCGGAAUUUCACUCGCCAUAUCCUCAAGGGGUUGGCCUACUUGCAUGGCACAAAGACUAUCCACAGGGAUAUCAAAGGUGCAAAUUUGCUUGUUGAUGCAUCUGGCGUUGUUAAACUUACAGAUUUUGGGCUGGCUAAACAUCUUGCAGGACAAUCUUAUAAUCUUUCUUUGAAGGGCAGUCCAUACUGGAUGGCUCCAGAGGUCAUGCAAGCUGCGUUGCAAAAUGAUGCCAAUCCUGAACUUGCUCUGGCCGUUGAUAUAUGGAGUUUGGGCUGUACCAUCAUUGAAAUGUUGAAUGGAAAACCUCCUUGGAGUGAUUUUACAGGGCCACAAGCUAUGUUCAAAGUUUUGAAUAGAUCCCCACCCAUUCCAGAAACGUUAUCCCCAGAGGGAAAGGAUUUCCUCCAUUGUUGCUUUCGGAGGAAUCCUGGAGAACGGCCAACAGCUUCCAAGUUACUUGAGCAUCCCUUUGUACAAAAUUCACAUGAUCAAAAUGUUUCAGUCUGUGUGCAGGCAUUUUCUGCAGUUAAUCUUACAGAUAAGCGACAUACUGUAGGAGAUGGAACAAAGCAUAAAGACCCGAUGUCAGUCUCAGCUGGCGCACGGAGUAUGAACGGAAAUCUGCCUUGUAAUUGUGGAAACUUUCAACAUUAUAAUUCUAAAUUUUCUAGCUGCACUGAGGUUUUCCAUCAUCCUCACUCCUCUAUGCCUCAAGUCCGGCCUUCUCUAUCUACCAGACAGUUGAUUCAUAGUUCACAUAGUUGCAGUCCUUCAAAUAUUUCCAGCAAUGUGCCCCUUGGAAGGACUCAUGGAAGGGAAGUCUCACACCUCUGAAAUAAAUUUGUGGUUGACUUAGAUUGAUGUGGAACUAUGGUGCUCUUAGAGUACAGCCAGGAAGAGGCCUGCAGGGAACUCUAAUGGAGGUUUUCGCAUAACCAUUUAGAGCUUUCUUUUGUCUUCCAUCCAACAGAGGCUCAAUUUACCAUGGAUGAAUCUUUGUUGCCUCUUUUGAAGUUACGAGGCCUUCACCGGGAAAUCUUUGCUGCCUCUUAGGGCUUGGACUCAUACUAGGAGCUCAUACUUCUGGAAAAUGGAAAUGAUAUUAUCCAACAGAGACAAAAAUAGGAAGGCAAAGUUUUAGGAUAAUGUUGUCACAUUUACACAUGACAAAUGAUGGGCUCGGAUGAUUUGUAAAUAUUGAGGCUCCAUCUUGUGUCAAUCAGUUCAUUUCACAA